AACUCAGCAGGCAGACCUUGUGUUUCUGCUGGAUGGAUCAGCAAGCAUAAGCAAACAUAAUUUCACGGCGAUGAAGACGUUCAUGAAGAACAUUGUGAACAGCUUUGUCAUAGCUGAAAACAAAGUCCGCAUUGGGGUGGUCCAGUACAGCAGAAGUCCUCAGAAAGAAUUUUAUCUCAACGAAUUCUACAGUGACACUGAGAUCAAGAAGAAAAUUGAUAGCAUUGUCCAAUUGAAAUUGACCACCUUCACCGGCAAGGCGCUCAGUUUCGUCAAGAAAGUCUUUGAGCCUGCCAACGGAGGCCGUAAGAACCAGGGGGUGCUCCAAGCCCUCAUCGUCAUGACUGAUGGGGAAUCCAAUGACAGUGUGAGUGAGGCAGCCGUCACUCUGAGGAAGGAUGGGAUUAAUAUUUUCUCAGUAGGAAUAGGAAGUGAAAUUUCAGACUCCUUUGAGCUGAAUCAGAUUGCUGGUAGUUCAAAGAGAGUAUUCAGGGUGAAUAACUUCAAUGAACUGGAAACAAUUGAGAAGACAAUCUUUAAGGAAGUCUGUGAGAGUGCUGAUCAGCCACGAGACUGCAACAUCGAUAUUUCUAUAGCAGUUGAUAGUUCCACGCGUGCAUCAACAAUGCGUCUGAAGCAGACAAUGCAAGCACAACUGUCCAGGCUAGUGCCUGUGAUGGCUUCCAUAGGCAAUAUCAGUUGCCCUGUUGAGCCUCCCAUGAAUAUCAGGUUUAGGUACCAAGUGUUUGCUGGAAAUGGUCAGCCCUCGUUUGACUCUGGCUUUGAAGCAUACAAUGAAGAGAUCAUUCAGAAAUUCCUGGAAGUGCAGACCACAAUGAACACUUACUUGAAUAGAAGCUUCCUAGAGGGCUUUUGGGACAGAUCACUCAGUCUGGCCUCUACUAAAGUGAAGGUACUCCUAGUGUUUACGGAUGGAGCAGAUGAUAGUAAGCAAAACCUCAAAGCAACAGCAGACUCUCUUCGCGCAAAAGGGCUUGAUGCGCUUUUAAUGAUUGGCCUGGAAAAUGUUGAGAAAUACAGUGAACUUCAGGAAACAGAGUUCGGUAGAGGAUUUGGGUAUCUGGAACCAUUGCACAUUGGAAAUCCAUUACUUCCAGGCAUCUUAUGGAGACAACUUGACACUAUUGCAGAACGUAAAUGCUGCAAGGUUUGCUGCAAGUGCUUUGGAGACGAUGGGCUGGGGGGUAGUCCUGGACUUCUUGGAAUAACGGGAAGGAUUGGUUUUAGAGGAUCACCUGGCCACCCUGGUGAGGAAGGAGGAACCGGAGAACGUGGUCCAGCAGGUUUCAACGGGAAACGAGGAGAAGCAGGUUGCUCUGGGCAGCAGGGCCAGAAGGGAACAAGAGGAUAUCGAGGAAAUAAAGGUGAAAAUGGUGAUAAUGGACUUGAUGGGAUAGAUGGAGAAGAGGGAGAACGAGGUGCUCCUGGAUCGCAUGGACAGAAAGGCAGCAGUGGACGAAGGGGUAGAAAAGGCCCCAGAGGAGUGCCAGGUGAACGUGGACAGAGUGGUUUAAGAGGAGACAAUGGAUAUUCUGGAAUUGACAAUGAUGAUAGUGGUCCUCUGGGUAGAAUUGGAAAACCAGGGCGGCAGGGAGAUCCAGGAGCUGAUGGCAGAUCAGGAGGACCAGGAGAACAGGGUGCAAAUGGUCCCAGUGGCCUCAGAGGUCCUCCUGGCGUAAAGGGUUUACCAGGAGAAGAUGGGGAACCAGGUCAUAUUGGUGAACCUGGACUGCAAGGCCAACAGGGUGCCCCAGGCAACCAAGGCGUACCAGGACUUCCAGGAGUACCAGGUUUACCAGGCCUCCAAGGUAGUCCAGGAGUCGUGGGAGCACGUGGGUCUCAAGGGAACCCGGGACACAGGGGACCAAAGGGUGAACAUGGUGAUCUUGGAGAAAAUGGCCAAUCAGGACCGCCUGGAGUAAGGGGCUUCCCUGGACUGGAUGGUAAAGAUGACUAUGGAGCACAAGGAAAGAAAGGUGCUAAGGGACAACCUGGAUUUCCUGGAUACCCUGGAUCCCAGGGAGAAGAUGGUGAUGAAGGCAUUCAAGGAGAUAAAGGCAUCAAAGGAAUUAGAGGAUGGACCCAAAGUGGCAUGCCAGGAACACUGGGUGAUCCAGGAGACAGAGGACCACCUGGAGGAAUGGUAAAAGAAGCAUAA